GUGGGGCCUUGGCAGACUGCAGUGGGCGCGACUUACGGAGAGGGUAGCAAUUAAAUACUACUGGGAGUAUCUUAAACACGAAGAGGCCAGGACUUGGAGGGCACCGCCUUAAGGGCGUGGUCCGUGUGUACUCGGUCUUUGGCGGCAGGUAGGUCUGGUUCUGAGUGGGCAAGGACGUUGUGGGCGCAGCCGGAUGUGAAAACAUUAGUCUGUUCCUUUCUGCUGGGUAGAAUGGGGCAUCGUACUCUAACCUCCGUGCCAGCCCUGUUUGCCUCCAUCCCCUGUCCACGCGCUGAGCUGUGCCUGGACCUGGUUCUGGCUUCUGGACAGUCCUUCCGGUGGAGGGAGCAAAGCCCUGCGCACUGGAGUGGCAUCCUGGCAGACCAGGUAUGGACACUGACCCAGACUGAGGAGCAGCUCUGCUGCACUGUGUACCGAGCGGACAAGGCCCGGAUUGGCAGGCCCACACUAGAAGAGCUAAAGGCUGUGUGCCAGUACUUCCAGCUGGAUGUCAGCCUGGCUCAACUGUACCAACACUGGAGUUCUGUGGACCCCCACUUCCAAGAGGUGGCUCAGAAAUUCCAAGGUGUACGACUCCUGCGACAGGACCCCAUUGAGUGCCUUUUCUCCUUCAUCUGUUCCUCCAACAACAAUAUUGCCCGAAUCACUAGCAUGGUGGAACGGCUCUGCCAGGCUUUUGGACCUCGGCUCAUCCAGCUUGAUGACAUCACCUAUCAUGGCUUCCCCAGUUUGCAGGCCCUAGCUGAUCAUGGGUGUGAAUGGCUUUUGGAAAAGUUCAAGAACUCAACUGGGGAGUUCCUCAGGACAGCAAGUCCUUCUCAGUCCCUUCUUCAGUGCCCAACACCCAUAGUAGGACCGGAGGUGGAGGCUCAGCUCAGGAAGUUGGGCCUGGGGUACCGUGCCCGCUAUGUGAGUGCCAGUGCCCGAGCCAUCCUGGAAGAAAACGGUGGGCUUCCCUGGCUGCAGCAGCUGAGCAAGGCACCCUAUGAGGAAGCCCACAGGGCCCUCUGCACCCUGCCUGGGGUGGGCACCAAGGUGGCAGACUGCAUCUGUUUGAUGGCCCUAGACAAGACCCAGGCCGUGCCUGUGGACGUCCACAUGUGGCAGAUUGCUCAACGUGACUAUGGCUGGCACCCCACCACAACCCAGGCCAAGGGUCCAAGCCCCCAGGCCAACAAGGAACUAGGAAACUUUUUCCGGAACCUAUGGGGACCUUAUGCUGGCUGGGCCCAAGCAGUGCUGUUCAGUGCUGACCUGCGCCAAACCCACCAGCCUCAGGAGCCACCAGCAAAGUGCAGAAAGAGAUCCACAGAGCCGGAGGUUUAGGCAGGGGGUACUGGACAAAGGGAUUCCCCAAAUACCUUUCUCCUCCAUUCCCCAGUUCUCUCCUCCAUCCAGUUCUGUGUUGGAAUGGAGGCUUCCUUCAGUUACCUCAGGGGUCAGGCCCCCUCAAGUCAAGCAGUUUGCACAACAAUAUGAGGUGGGGGUUAUCUGGAGAGACAGAGCUGCAUGUUGUUUUAUCUUCUUCACUUUAUUACAAGAAGGAACAAUAAAAUAGAAACAUUUGUAUGGAAAA